CACGACCAAGUUUGCGGCACAUUUGCGGCGGUGGGAGGGAGCAGGACUGCGGGGAUAAACAAACACGCGCAGAGGAGCCGUCGGUGUCCCGCGGAGCUGCGGACGGACUCUAUCGGUACCGGGUGACUUCCACCGCUUCCAUGCACCGAGCUCGCCUCACAAACCAAGUUUGAACCCAGAAUUUAGCUCCUGAACAGGCCCUGGUCCGCCCCCUCCCCGCUCCCGCUGAGUCGGCUUAUGUGACACUUCACCGUCCCGGCGGAGAACCGAGCGGACCAUGACGGAGCUGAGGAGGCGAGGCGGCGGAGACCCCGACAGCACCGACAACAUCAGCGACAAGGAGGCGGGCGGCGAUGACAGGCCGGACCUGCCGGGCGACGCAGAGGGAGAAGGUGAUGUUGACUCCAAAGCAGACACUCCAGAUGUUCCUCUGUCCACCGCAGACACGGACAACACUCCGGAGUGUCUGAACAAAGCCCUGGAGGGCCUGCCCCCCAGAUGGAAGAAUUACUGGAUACGAGGAGUGCUGUCUAUAGCCAUGAUUUCAGGCUUUUUCCUCAUCAUCUACAUGGGACCCAUCACCCUCAUCUUUGUGGUCAUGUGCGUGCAAAUCAAGUGCUUCCAGGAAAUCAUCACCAUCGGCUACAGAGUUUACCAUUCCUAUGAGCUGCCCUGGUUCAGGACGCUCAGCUGGUAUUUCCUGGUCUGCGUCAACUACUUCUUCUACGGGGAAACGGUGGCAGAUUACUUUGGCGCUCUGGUGCAGAGGGAGGAGCCUCUGCAGUUCCUGGCUCGUUAUCACCGCUUCAUUUCCUUCACCUUGUACCUGGCAGGUUUCUGCAUGUUUGUGCUGAGUUUAGUGAAGAAGCAUUACCGCCUGCAGUUUUAUAUGUUUGCUUGGACCCAUGUGACCCUGUUGAUUGUUGUAACUCAGUCCCACCUUGUCAUUCAGAACCUGUUUGAAGGGAUGAUCUGGUUCAUCGUUCCCAUCUCCAUCGUCAUCUGCAACGACAUCAUGGCCUACUUGUUUGGAUUCUUCUUCGGGAGAACUCCACUCAUCAAGCUUUCACCAAAGAAGACGUGGGAAGGUUUCAUCGGGGGUUACUUCGGCACGGUGGUCUUUGGUUUCCUUCUGGCCUUGCUGCUGUCCCAGUUCCAGUACUUUGUGUGUCCUGUGGAGUUCAACAGUGAGACCAACAGCUUCGCUGUGGAGUGCGAGCCCUCGGACAUCUUCGUGGUGCAGGAGUACACGCUCCCUGCUGUGGUGCAGAACACGCUCAGAUGGAAAACGGUGAACCUGUAUCCGUUCCAGAUCCAUAGCAUCUUCCUGUCCUCUUUCGCAUCUCUCAUUGGGCCUUUUGGAGGCUUCUUUGCCAGUGGUUUCAAGCGAGCUUUCAAAAUUAAGGACUUCGCCAACACCAUCCCUGGACACGGAGGCAUCAUGGACCGCUUCGACUGCCAAUAUUUGAUGGCCACCUUCGUUCAUGUCUACAUCACCAGCUUCAUCAGAGGUCCAAACCCCAGUAAGGUCCUGCAGCAGCUGCUGAAGCUCCAGCCGGAGCAGCAGCUCAGCAUCUUCCACUCGCUGCACGCCCACCUGCGGGACAGGGGCAUGCUGGCGCCCGAGGCCUGACAGGAGCGCCUGCAGGGAUGAGGAGCGGAGGAAAUGCCCGCUGGUCCUGACAGUCCUUGCACACUCGUAGCGUCCUCCACUGCAUCCUCCAUCCUCUUAUCCCACUCUGCUGCUCCCGCCCUCUGAGUGGAGACGGUCUGUUUUCCCCUCAGGCGUCGGGUCAAACGCUCUUUAUCCUAAAAACUGAUGCGGGCGUCGGAUUUGAAGUCCCGCGCAGCCGGUCGCUCACGUGAAGAACAAAGCGGCUUUACCAGCAUGAGCGGAGCUGCACACGCGGGCGGGCCUGAGCGACACAGACCCUGGAGUCCUGCUGGACCCUCCUGAGACUGCUCCAUCUGCAACGGUACCGGGUUCUGCAGAACCUGCAGCAUGCACAGCUCCUCCUCAGCACCAUCCUGCUUUUAGGUGUCAGAUUCCUGCAGGCAUGACGCUGCAGUCUGUAGAGCAUCAUCAACACUUGAAGUCAUUUACUGUACAUACAUUUACAGGAGAUGUUUAGCUGAUGUAGAAGAGCGUGGAGAUGAAGUUCUGCGGGAAACAAGCGACACAUAAGCUACAUGAAAAAAAUAUGCAAAAAGACGCGGAAGUCUUUUGUAGCCUUUAGCAUGAACAAAGUAGAUUUUUAACAGAUAGAUGUAUAUUUGAUCAGAGCUUAUUUAAACUUUAUUAGAGAUUAAGGUGCUGAGAUUAAGGGUUUCAAAGAAUCUUCUGGGAUGUGGGAUCAAAGUGUUUCUGAAGCACAGCUCUGCUUCCUUGAGCAGAACGAUGGAGGAGUCCGCUGCUGUGAAGCUCACGCCAGGACUUUGGAAGGCGGAGCUUUCCUCCGCCUUCUGUUUUGUGUGGCAGAAAAACACCUGCAAAUCUGACAUUUAAAAACCUAGAUGACCACGAAUGUGGAGCAACGACGCCAAGUGAAGUCAUGAAAUUCAUAACGUCCAUUUUAAAGAUCACGUCCUCCUCUUUGACUGCGGGGCCUCGGAGGUGAUGGCUUCCUGGCCCUCCUGAAAAUGACCGUCCCACCUCAAAGCAGGAGGAUGUUUACCACUCUGACACAAAGCAGAUGCUGGUUCAGAGGUUGGAAGUCCUGCCGGAGCCUCAUGGCAGCAGAGCGCCCUCUGUGGGUGGAACCCAGACCUGCGCUGUCAGGGGGAGGGGGGGUCUCACACAAAACGAUUCACUCAAGUGGUCGGAAUGUAAUCUGUAAUCUGAGAUGAUGUUGGUGAUGGCAGCAUUUGAUUGUUGAUGUGUGUGUGUGUGAGCGCGCAUGUGUGUGUGUACAGUAACUCCUCUACGGUAAUUACUCAUAUCUGUAAAGUGGGAGGGGCUUUUGAGCAAUACUUGCAAGGCAGCAUCAGUUCCUGAGAAAAUGAUUGAAGGGCUGAAGGAGGCUUCACGGAUCCACCAAGUCCUGACCCUGUUUACCAAAGAGCUGUCAGAUCAACCGCGACCCCCCCCACACUCACUGGGGGAGGCGCCGCCCCUGUGUCGUCUCAGUGUGAAACCACUGGCGUCUUCCUCACAGCGGUUUGAAGUGAUGUGCAGAUUUUAUUUAGUUUUAGACUCGAUGAUUAUUUAUUUACAUAGUUUUAUUUUAUCAAUCCAAACAAACCUCUUUUUUUUGUACCAGAACCACUCCUGGUGUGGUUCUGGUCCAGAGCUCCUGGUUCUGUGCUCAUGCUGUAAAGUUCAGUGGUUUCCAGGUGGAGCUCACCUGCAGGAAAAGCAGCGCCAUGGCUCAUUCAGCAGAAAGUUCCUCAGCACCUUUUUCAGUUCAGAGGUUCAAACGGAGACGACAGGAGACGCGACACUGAGUUUGGAUCAUGCCAGGAAUGUGAUGAAGGAGUUGAUGAUGAAUAAAAGUGUUUUCUUUUAAAGCU